GAUGGGCCAUUGCCAUUGCGUAAACUAAAUGCGCAGCGUCCCUCCCAAAGGGCGUGGCUUCCUGAUGUGCUUCUUUAGCCUUCCGGGAGCUGGAUGCGGAAGACAAACACGAAACUGCUCUUUCGGAAUUCCUGAAACUUCACUGCAAUCGAGGAUUUUUCUGUUAGGUCAGUGUAUAUAUAAACCAUGUGGCCAAAUCAAGGUCCUCCUCCUCCAGUCGGCCCACCAAAUCCUGCCUUUCCUCCUGGCUACAAUCCUGCUUAUCCUGCUGCCCCUCCUCCAGGAGCAUUCCCCCAGCCUCCACCUCCAUACUCUGCUGGCCAGUUCCCAGCUCCUAUGAAUCCAGCCAUGGGACCAUACGGUGCACCAGGGGCAAUGCCUUAUGGAGCUCCUGGACUUCACCCUUAUCCUAUGGCUCCAGGUGGAUAUCCAGUUGUUCCUCCUGCAGGUGUUCACCCAGGUCCAUAUCCACACUCCCCAAAAGGCGGCAAACACAAAGGUUGUCAUCCUCAUCAUGGAGGGCUAAAUCCCAUGUCUGGAGCCUUAGCCGGGGGAGUUGCAGGAAUGGGAAUGGGGCUAGUUGGGCACAAAGCAAACAAAAAGAUGCACAAGAAGAUGAAAAAGGCACACAAACAUAAGCACUACAAACAUGGCAAGUCCUCCAGCAGCAGCAGCAGCAGCGACUCAGACUGAGGCGACUGGUUUGAAGCAUGGCUUUCACAAAAAAAGCUGUGUAACAACAGCACAGCGCAACUAUUAACUACUAACAGUUAACUGUCAAUGCAUUAAAGCAGUUCUUAUAGCCUUUUGCAGAUUUUUGCUGAGUCGCAGCAAAUCUCACAUGUUCAGUAUAAAUGUAUGACACUAGAAA